AUGAGUCAACCAAUACAACCACCUCAACAGUCGACGACGACUCAGCAGGUGUUGCCACCUCAACAACAACAACAACAACAACCCAAACAACAACAAAAGAAGAUUAAUGGAGUUGUAAAUGAUAGAGAGUUUGAGAUACAGAGAGUUAGAAAUAGAUUCAUCAAUCAUGAGGUCAAGAAGAUGGAUAGGAAUCAAUCGAGGAUCAAUGCUCCACAGAGGUCUACGUCUGAUACAGAGUCAGAGUCAGACUCGGAGCACUUUUUGAAGCAGCCACAUCAUCAUCAUCAGCAUCACCAUCAUCAUCAGCAACAACAACUCCAAGCCAACAGAGCUGCCAACCUUGCCAACAAUGGUACAAGACCAAUCAAUAACAAUAUGUCUGUUCCAGUCAAGGUCGCACCAGUACCACAACAACAACAGUCAGGCAAGGAUGAGACCACAACUACAACAACAACAACACCAACAACAAAGACAGUAGUGACAUCUGCAACAUUGGAGGGAUGGGCAACAACAUCUAACCUGCCUAGGGAGGCAGGUCUGUAUGCACUUCGUCCAUCACUGCUGAGCAGUGAGUCCACCGGUGCCAGCUACCGAGGCUUCCUCAACCUGCUCGUACUCUUGAUGAUCCUUGCCUCAUUCCGUCUGGUCAUCCUCAAUCAUCUCACCUAUGGUAUACGCAUUGACCUUGGUCUGCUCGCUGUGUCUGAGUGGCACAGAUGGCCAGGCGCAAUGAUCACCUUGGGUCUCAACUUCUUCAUUGUGAUGGCCCUCUUCAUUGAGUUGGCCGCGGCCAAGAACGUACUACCAACAUCGAUAUGCUACUACCUGAGGAUCAUGAACUGCACUGGUGUUGUAGUGAUACCAAGUUGGUCGAUCAUUGAAUUCUCACCCAAUCCAGCAUCUGGCAUCAUCGUCAUGAUACUGGUAUGCUGUGUGAGCAUGAAGCUCAUCUCCUAUCACUAUGAGAACAACAAACAACGUCACAUGCAUCUUGGCAGUCUAAAGUUUGAUGACAAGGCCGACAAGUCUGUCUAUCCAAACAAUCUAUCAUUCGGUGGCGUUUACUGGUUCAUGUUGGUACCAACAUUGGUUUAUCAGCUGAGCUAUCCAAGAUCUCCAAGGAUUAGAAAGUCAUUCCUUCUCAGGAGAAUGACCGAGGCUGUAUUCCUGUCCGCGUUGAUAUUCUGGAUGGUUGAGCAAUACAUGGUACCAUUAGUCGAGAACAGUGUUAGACCAAUGGAGCAGAAUGACUUGGUCAGGAUCAUCGAGAGGAUCAUGAAGUUGUCCCUUCCAAACCUCUACGUAUGGCUGCUAGGCUUCUACGUGUUCUUCCACCUCUAUUUGAACAUUUGCGCAGAGAUCACUCGCUUUGGAGACAGGGAGUUCUACAGAGACUGGUGGAAUAGCACUGGACUGGACUACUUCUGGAGGACAUGGAACAUGCCCGUGCAUCACUGGAUGGUGGUGCUGAUCUACACACCAAUGCGUCGCAGAGGCUGGUCGCGCAACUGGGGCUACUUCAUGUGCUUCUUUGUGUCGGCCAUCUUCCACGAGCUGGUCAUCAGCAUACCGUUCCACUCGCUCAAGAUGUGGGGCUUCCUUGGCAUCAUGAGUCAGAUGGUGCUGAUCGCCCUGACCAAGAACGCCAUGAGUGGCAAGAACAUUGGCAACAUCAUCUUCUGGUUCAGCAUCGUCUUGGGUCAGCCUCUGAUCGUCCUGCUCUACUAUCGCAACUUCAUUGUCGAGCAUCCACAUCUCUAUCCAAAGACACUUGGGCCACUGUCCGAGUCUCCAUAA